AUGGUGGUUCUAACAGAAGGCGCCAUCGUUCUUUUUGCCGGAGGCGCUUCUCCGAGGGAACUGAAGCCGAUCUUGCAAGUGACGGAGCUGAAGAGCGUCCAGUCGAAACAGCGGGGCGGUGACCGGUUUAUCAUCGUACUUGAAUUGGCUGUGGUGGUGGAAGAAUCUGCUUUGAUUGGCCUUCCUUCUCCUUCCUUACUGAAAAUGGCUUUACCGAAACACCAUAUGCCGCCAACAGCGCAACCAAUGGCGGCGAAUGCUUCUGCAAAUCCUCAAUCGUCAGGCGCGAGCUCUGCACCACUCGAUGGCGAGCCAUGUGCACAGCUUAGGGAGCAGAUUCAGAGGCUGACAGAAGAAAACACUCGUCUGCAGCAGAGAUGUGGUAACCAAGACAAAGUCAGUGUCGCGGCUCCAGCAAUGGCGGAUCUAACACAAGGCGCCAUCGCCCUUAUUGCCGGAGGCGUUAAUUCGGGGGAACUGCAGCCGACUUUGCAAGUGACGGAGCUGAGGAAGGUCCAGGCGAAACAGCAACAGAAGCAGCAAGGCGACCGGUUCAGGCUUCUGCUGUCCGAUGGUUCGCACUUGCAGCAGGCAAUGCUCGGCACUCAGCUUAAUCCCUUGGUGCAAGAAGGAAAGUUGCGAGCUGGUUCCAUAGUCCACAUGAAACAGUACUCUUGCUCCAUCAUCCAAGAGAGAAUGAUUAUUAUUAUACUUGACUUGGCUGUGGUGAUUGAAGAAUGCCCUCCAAUUGGCCAACCUGUCUCAUUGCAAAAGUCGUCAGGGACACCAAAUACACCAGCACACCAGCCAACAAAUACUUUCUCAAGCCCUCAACCAUCUGGCAGCAGUGCCCUUCCUGGUCGGGCAGUUUCAAACCUAAAUAUACCUGCCAACUCUGUGCAAUAUCCUAGGGUUAAUCAACCAAACAGUGGUCUUUAUUCUAUGGGUUAUGAUUCCGCAAGAAAUGCAGGUGGUUCCACUGUGUCUUCAUUUGGCAUUAAGUCUGACGGUGGUGCUACAUCAGUAGGAUCAUUGCCAUCAGGAAUGCCAUAUGCUAACCAGUCUCCAGGCUUCCGCAAUUCCAGGCAGGAAGGAACUGGGGUUUCUCCGGGUAACAUGUCUAGGCCAGCAUAUCAGCAACCGCCUCCAAUGUACAACAACAGGGGACCAGUGACAAGGAAUGAAGCUCCCGCGAGGAUCAUUCCAAUUACUGCUUUGAAUCCAUACCAGGGAAGGUGGACUAUUAAGGCUAGGGUGACAGCAAAAGCAGAAAUGAGGCACUAUAACAAUACUCGUGGCGACGGGAAAGUAUUUUCUUUUGAUCUUCUUGAUUCUGAUGGAGGCGAAAUUAGAGUGACCUGCUUUAAUGCUGUUGCCGAUCAGUUCUACUCCCAGAUUGAAGUUGGCAGGGUGUAUUUAAUUUCCAAAGGGACCUUAAAACCUUCCCAAAAGAACUUCAAUCACCUUCAUAACGAUCUAGAGAUUUUCCUGGAGAGUGGCUCAACUGUACAGCAGUGUCAUGAUGAUGACAACUCGAUUCCGAGGCAGCAAUUUCAUUUUCGUCAAAUAAGUGAGAUUGAGGGGAUGGAUAACAACAGUAUUGUGGAUGUAAUUGGCAUGGUAUUCUCCGUUUGUCCAGCAUCCUCGAUAAUGAGAAAAAAUGGCACAGAAACUCGGAAGAGAAGUCUACAGCUGAAAGAUAUGUCUGGCCGUAGUGUUGAAUUGACAUUGUGGGGAAACUUCUGUAAUGCAGAAGGGCAAGAACUGCAAAAUAUGUGUGACUCAGGUCACUUCCCUGUUCUGGCAGUCAAAUCUGGCAGGGUUAAUGACUUUAAUGGCAAGGCUGUGGGUACUAUUUCUACAAGUCAGCUACUUAUCGAGCCUGAUUUUGUGGAGGCUAAUAAUCUGAAACAAUGGUUUGACAAGGAUGGUAAAAAUACACCUUCAAUUUCUAUUUCCAGGGAAAGCUCUGGUGCAGGAAGGACUGAUGCUGUGAAGACUAUCGCUCAAAUCAAAGAUGAGAACCUUGGGACUUCUGAAAAACCAGAUUGGAUUAGUGUCAAUGCAUCUGUGAUAUACAUAAAGGUGGAUAAUUUUUGCUAUACAUCUUGCCCUCUAAUGAUUGGGGACCGACAAUGUAACAAAAAGGUUACAAACAAUGGAGAUGGGAGGUGGCGGUGUGACCGGUGUGAUCAAUCUGUUGAUGAAUGUGAUUAUAGGUACAUACUCUCGCUUCAGAUACAAGAUCACACGGGCUUAACAUGGGUAACUGCUUUCCAGGAAUCAGGUGAGGAGCUUAUGGGAAUAUCCGCUAAAGAUCUUCAUUUUAUGAAGUUUGAGAAACAAGAUGACGACGGGUUUCUGAAAGUUCUUCGUCAAGUUAUGUUUAACAAAUAUAUAUUCAAGUUGAAAGUGAAAGAGGAAACAUUCAGUGAUGAGCAACGAGUGAAGUCUAGUGUUGUCAAGGCAGAGAAGGUGAACUAUGGAUCCGUAUCCAAAACCCUUCUGGGUUUGAUGGAAAACUUCAAAUCUGGGAACCUGACUGCUCCAGCCCCCAAGGUAGAAAGUAGUUACACAAAUUCUUUGCUGAGUAGUCCUGGAAAGGGGAAUUUUGGAAGUAGGCAAACAGGAUUGAGUUCAAUGGCCUUCCCGGCUAAUCAAGUCAGCCAGCACGAUAACCAAUAUAACUCAAGGUUUCCUACAUCGAAUUCAUCUGGGGGACCUAUCAUAUGUAACAGCUGUGGAGCCACAGGCCAUACAGCUUCAAAUUGCCCUAGCACCUUUACUAGUCCCCAGCAGCCAGUAGGAGGGGCUUAUGCCAAUAGAACGUUGUAUGGAACUGAUGCAGGGGGCGGCAGAAGAGGCGGAGGUGGAGACGAAUGCUAUAAGUGUCACCAGUCUGGGCAUUGGGCUAAAGACUGUCCAGGGUCAGGCACUGGUCCUCAAUCAUAUGGUAACAGGUAUGGUGGUGGUUAUUCAAACCAACAGAUUUGGUAAUUUCUGAACCGUCCAAAGUACAAGCCAGCCAGCUGAGGUAACUAUUAAGUAGUUCAUAGAAAUAGAGGCGCC